GCAAUCCCCAGGAUUCGAAACUUCGCCAUUGGCGUUUCUCUACCACUGAAGACUCAGUGCCCGAGAGACCGCUCACGAAGCACGCUCGCAGUACCUUCUUUCAAGAAGCCUUCGAACUCCUAGCCGGUGAUGUUGGAAGCAUGCAUGAGGUAAUUCAGGCUCUGGCUUCCGAUGGUGGCUUGAAGAGGGUCCUUCAACUGGUUAAAGACGAUAUCCCGAGCCCGAUCAAUAACCAGAAGGAAGUCUUCCAAUCGACCGUAUUACCGUUCCUGAAGGUACUCAGCUAUCCCAAGGUUAUAAGCUCCGGCCUCCUAGAAUCGUCAGUUGCCACGAUAUACAACACGAUCUUCGGUCCGGGCGGUCAGCACACAUUAAAGCUGUUUAAGCUCAUCGCCGCAUUCGCCCACGAACUUUCUUUGGACGAACUCGCGCCGACCAUUGCCACGUUCUCUAAGAUUCUUGACUUGAAUGAAACGGUCAAGCUCAUCGACGAGUUCAAAUCCAUUCUCGCUAGCCUUGAAUCCGCCCUUGGGGGUGCUACAGACGACCGGAGCGAUCUCACGGCCGUGAAUGCACGGAAAUGGAUCGAACGCUCUCAGAUCCGCUUGGGAAUAGGAGGACCGGCUAUUGGGAUCGCACAUCCGGGAUAUAAGUCCAGCGGACCUAGAGCUCAGUUCUGCCUGUUAUAUGAUGCUCCAGGCCAUCUCUCCAAAGCGGGUCCCAGACAUGACAAUGAUUCGGAAGACGUUCGACAAAUCCAGAUUCUCCCAACAUUUCAGGAAAUUAUAAGCGAGAGGAACCCCUAUCUCCCCGUUCUCGAUCCUUCCCAGCUCCAUCUGCCUGGCAUUGACGGCCUCAUCGACCGACACUUCCGCCUUUACAGGGAAGAAGCCAUUGGCGAGAUUAGGGACGCGGUAAAAUUUGAGUUGGAUCGACAGAAAGGCUCAGGCAAGAAGCUGGCAAGAUCCGAUCAGGGAAUACGCAUGAACAUCUAUACCCACGUCUCUCUCCAGGCCCUGCACUGCGACCGCUGGGAAGGGCUCGGUGUGACUGUCUCGAUCGACCAACCUAAGGGUCUACAAGUCAUGACCGCAAAGCAGCGGCAGGAAUGGUGGGAGUCGAACGCCCGUUUGCAAGCGGGAUCUCUCGUCUGUCUUCUGGAUCCCGCUGGACACGUCUUAUUCUGCACCGUCGCUGAUAUAGACAAACGGAAGAAGCGUGAAGACGACGAGGACGCUGUCAGAUCAGGUCGAAACGAGGACAAUCCCUGGCUUGAUCUAAGCUCGAAUCCUAGGCGAGCACUCGUAACGGUCGCUGUGGCGGAUGAGAGGGAUCUCCCCACGAUGGCGGAUUAUUUCUCGGGUCGCAAGUCCUCCUUGAGGAUGACUCUGCUGGAGUUCCCUAAGACCCUUCUGCAGGCAUUUUACCCAACUCUGGCUGCACUGCAGUCGAUGCUUGGCAAAGAGAACCUACCAUUCGCGGACUUCCUCGUACCUUCGGAAGAAGUAUCCGGCGAGGUAGAGGUGGGACCUCCAACGUAUUCUCAACAGCGAAGUUUCCAGUUUGAUCUGAGCUGCCUCAUGACCAAUCAGAAGCCCUUAGCUCUUUCUCCCAAUGUUCCCUUCGACAUAGAUACGCUCACGAAAGGUUCAACCCUAGAUGUCAAGCAAGCAGAAGCGCUUGUUCAUGCGCUCACACGUCGAUUGGCCCUCUGUCAAGGCCCGCCUGGAACGGGAAAGAGCUAUACCAGCGUGGCACUGACCCGAGUUCUUCUUUCGAACAAGAAGAAAGCGGACCUGGGUCCGAUGUUAGUCGUAACGUACACAAAUCAUGCACUCGAUCAGACCUUGGAGCAUCUUCUGGACAACGGUAUCGCGCGCGCCAUUCGGAUUGGCAGUCGCUCCAAGAGCGAACAACUCGAAGACUUGAAUCUACGAAUCGUCAGCAAAAGAAUGGAGCGCACGCGAACGGAGAAGCACGAAGGAUAUCUAUUAUCUCUAGCAUUACGAGAUGAUGCAGCGUAUGUGAACAGAGCCAUUGGCGACCUCAUCACGUCAGGGGCACUCGACAGCCUAAACCCGUAUCUGAAGGAUAACUACCCUAAGUUUCACCGUCAGUUCUGGGGCAAGGAUAAGGAUGGCUUUAAGAGAGUCGCCCGCUCAAAGCAUGCUAUCCACGUUUGGCUUCGAGGAAAUGCCUCUAGCGGUGGCCGUACCAAUCGUCCAGUCGCCGAGCUGCUCGACACUGAGGCUGAUGUCUGGGGCAUGACCUCCGCUGAGCGACAGGCACUGAACGCCUUUUGGAUGAACGAUUGCCAGACCCUGAGGAAGCGGAGGUUUCUAGCGGCCAUGAAGGCGUAUCGGAAGAGUAAAGUCCGUGAUGAAGCCGCGAGACAGGAUGUCGAUCUGCGUUGCCUAGAGCAGGCUGACAUUAUUGGCAUCACCACUUCUGGCCUCGCUCGGAAUCUGGACUUGUUGAGGCGGCUGCCAGUCAAAGCCCUCUUAGUCGAGGAAGCCGGCGAAGUCUUGGAAGCCCAUACUUUGACUGCUCUUCUGCCAUCGGUUGAACACGCCAUCCUAAUCGGUGACCAUUUUCAACUUAAGCCUUCCGUCAGCAAUUUCGAUCUGACCUCCGAGAGCUAUCGAGGGAAGCGGUACUCCCUUGACAUGUCGCUUUUCGAACGUCUGGUCAAUCCUCCCAAGGGUAUUCCCGGCGUCAAACUACCAUUCAGCACGUUAGAGACGCAACGUCGCAUGCAUCCUUCAAUUUCCGCCCUGAUUCGCCACACAUUGUAUCCCGCGCUUGAGGAUGCGCCGAACGUGUCACUCUACCCUGAAGUCGUUGGGAUGAAGAAACGCCUCUUUUGGCUCGAUCAUUCUUCACCGGAAGCAGGCGUUGAAGAAGAUGAGCAGGUGGCGACAUCGAAAUCUAAUGAUUUCGAAGUCCUGCUUGUGGUCUGCCUAGUUGCGCAUCUAUUAUCGCAAGGUGUCUACGAACCGAAAGACGUUGCUGUCAUUACGCCUUACCUGGGCCAGCUUUUCAAACUUCGAAAGGCACUUUCUCAGAUCUUUGAGAUUGCUCUUGAUGAUCGAGAUGAGGAGGCGCUUCAAAAAGCGGGUAUUGUCGACGACGGGCGGUCGAUAAAUGGCCAAGGGAGCAUGAUCAAGAAGACAACCCUGCUUCAAGCCCUGAAAGUUGCCAGUGUGGACAAUUUCCAAGGAGAGGAAGCAAAAGUCGUGGUCGUUUCGCUCGUGCGGUCGAACAAAGAGAAUAAGUGCGGUUUUCUGAAGACCUCAAACCGGAUCAAUGUCCUCCUGAGUCGUGCAAAACACGGGAUGUACAUUAUCGGCAAUAGUACAACCAGCGCCGGCGUCCCAAUGUGGUCAAAGGUGUUGGAAGUGCUCCAAGAGCAAGGGAACGUUGGAAUGAGCCUUGCACUUUGUUGCCCAAGACAUCCUGAUACACCAAUUGAAGUCUCGCAGCCUGAUGACUUCAAGCGAUACGCUCCUGAAGGAGGAUGCGCUUUACGGUGCGAUCGCCGGUUGAAAUGCGGACAUCCUUGCGAGCAGAGGUGCCAUUCUGACUUGCGACACGAUAACGUCAAGUGUCUCGAGCCGUGUCCCCGGACAAAAGCUGGCUGCGAGCACAUCUGCAAGAAGGUGUGCGGGGAGCAGUGCGAUCCGAUGUGCCAGGAACUACUUAGGGAUAUCAACGUCGUCUUGCCUUGCGGCCAUAUCGUCAAGGAUUUACUCUGCUGGCAAUUUCAGUCCCAAGACACUAUCAAAUGCACAGUCCAGGUAGAGCGAAAAGUCGUGGAUUGCCAGCACACCGUCAAGGUGAAAUGCCAUGUGGACGUCAAUGCGGAGGGCUACACGUGUAGAGUUCCAUGUGGUGGCGCUCUGAAGUGUGGGCAUUCCUGCAAGACUCCUUGUUAUCUGUGUCCAAAUUGGAGCGGGGAGCGAGCCCACACGCAGUGCACGGCGAAGUGCGAUAAGCCUUUCUCGAAUUGCAGCCAUCAGUGCACGGCAACCUGCCACAAUGGGAAACCCUGCGGGACAUGCCAGAAGCCAUGUGAAGUGGCCUGCAGCCACUCUCGAUGUGACAAGCGAUGCGGAGAGCCAUGCAAUCCAUGUGCUCGGGAAGACUGCGCAUCGGCUUGCCCUCACACUAAAUGCUCCAUGCCUUGCGCCGCACCGUGCGAUUGGAUUCCAUGUUCCAAGCGUUGUUCCAAGAUCCUGCGCUGUGGGCAUCAAUGCCCCUCCCUCUGUGGCGAGAUCUGUCCAGGUACUAAAUAUUGCCAAGAGUGCGCGCCGGAGUCGACAAAAGCCAAAAUUGUGGACUAUGUCGGGAUGGCCCAGUACAAGGACGUUAAUCUUGACGAAGAUCCAAUCAUUGUCCCACUCUGUGGUCAUGCAAUGACUAUGAGUAGCAUGGACGGCAACCUGAACAUGUCCUCAGUCUACGACAUGAACACCGACGGUACGGUGAAAGCGAUCAAAGCGUCGGCACCCUUCUCCUCUGACGAGCUGAAGAAUCUCCCGGGAUGUGCCCUCUGUCGUGGUCCAUUGCGUAGCAUAAACCGCUACGGCCGAAUCAUCCGUCGUGUUCUUCUUGACGAGAGCACCAAGCGCUUCGUGAGCUCCGCUGGAAUGGUAUUCGGACCGCUCACCGAGCGACUAUUUGCGGCGCAGAAGAAACUAGUUGAGGCACCAUCCAAACCUAACAAGAUCACUGCGCCGUCUGCUCUAAAUUUCACAGGAGAUCGAGACGCCCAGUUGAAGGUCAUCGCUCGUGUUACAGCAGGGUCAGUUCGCUAUUCUGAGAUCAUCAAUACUCGCCAAGCUAUCGCGAAGUAUUUCCAGAAAGUUCAUCGGGAUGCGACACCCUUCGCUCAGCUCUGGAGCCUUGCCGAAGUUGCUCGUCGUCGCGGCGGACAGGCGAGCAUGAUUAGAGGCUUCCAGAACCCAGUAUCGAAUGUCACGUUCCAUAUCAUGGCCAUAGCGUUGCUCAUUCGAUGCGACAUCGCUAUACUCGCAGACGUGCUCCACGAGUUCGGCAAGCUUCGAAAAGGCCCGUUGCCCAGGAAGAUUCACAUGGAUCUCUCAAAAAACCGAAACGAAUGUGUGCUUUUCAUCAACGACUCGAAAGCUACUAAAGACUACGAGCGCGAGGUGGAAGGUCACAUAUUCUACGCCCAGUACUGCGGUAUCGAGGCUCAGCACACAGGCGGCGUACAUGUAGCAAAAGCCCUCCAAGAGGACGGUAAGGCUCACACCCAAGAAGCCCGCGCUAUCUGCAAGCAGUUCGGCGGCAAGCUGGACUCCCUUAUCUUGGAAGUGGAUGCAGCUGAACGAGACUUGGAUUCAGGCUUCGUACAAGUCACGAUUACUUCAGAGGAGCGUCGCUCGGUGCUAGCAGCUAUGGCGAAGGGCAUGCGUGGCAGGGGCCGUUGGUAUGUAUGUGCCAACGGACAUCCUUUCUGCGUCGAUCGAUGUGGGCGACCCAUGGAGGAGGCGGAAUGCCCUCAAUGCGGCGAGACUAUUGGAGGACGGCAUCAUCGGCCUGCUGCUGGUGUUGCGCCCGCCGAAGCACUAGAGGAGGAGCUCAGGACGAUGAAUUUGGGUGACCGAUGAGAAUGAGGGCAUAUGGAAUCGCGAUCAUGGUGAGGCUUUCUAGUGCUUCAUUAUGGCAUGCAGCAUAAUUUAAUACCGGUAUGGAGCUCUAGAGAAUAUGGCUGCUCCUUCUGAAGCGGCGGCGUAGAUAAUUCCGCCUCGGGAUGUCAAAAAAGGUGCCGCCGGUUGCAGUCACUCCUUCUCAACGAGACUCUGCUCAUCCUCCGUCUUGAAUCAAUCAACCACCAUAAUAGGGAAUGACCUACCGUAG